AUGGUCAUGAAGACGGAUCCUAAGAAUAGCGACUACGAGAUGGAAUCGGGAGCUUCCAGAAACUUCGAGCCAUGGCGAGCGUCGGACGAGCAGAAGGCGACCGCGAAGCGGCAGCGCGAGGAGGAAGAAAUGGGCGACGCGAUGCGCGCGCUCGAGAAUCGAACCCUCGACUCCAAGAUGGAAAUGGACAUUCUCGCAGCCUUGGACGAAAUGAAAUCCAUGCGCGCGCGACAAGCAACCCUCGAUCCAGCAGCGGUUCUGGAGGUGCUUCAAAGAUCGGCCGGCGGAGCUGGUGGGAGCGGAGGAGGAGUGUUAGCGGAUCCGAAACAACUAACGGAAGAAGACGAGGAGCUGAUUAAGAAGAUAGUAUUCAGAAAAUCGGAGAAGUUUGUAAAGAGGAUAGACAGUGACGAGGAGGAUGAGGGGGGAGAAGGCGAUGGAGCUGAAGCCAGUAACAAGGAUCAGCAAGGAGGGGUUAAAAGGGCUCGUAUUGCCGCCAAUGGAGACGAAGCUGAAGCAGGCGGUGGUGAUGUUCCGGGUGAUAAUGACAAGGCGACAGUGCCAAUCAAAGAUGCAGGGAAAGUGCCAUUGGCGAGCAGGGAUUCUAGAGGAAAUUCUGGAGCUGAAAUUGCUGGAGGCAAUGCUGAUGGUUCAGGGGGUUCCAGUGCUGGUGGCUUGCAGAGAGAUGACGAGGAGAAGGGGAAAGCUGCGUUAACCAACUUGUUUUCAACCUAUGGUUCUGAUGAUGAUGACGAGGAUGAGUAA